AUUUCCACGUCCGAGUCCGUCCAAAAUAAAAGACGUAAGCAGUGACAGUAUCACACUCCCCACUUGUCCCCACAACUUCUCCAUCCGACACGUGUCCCACCCCAACCCUUAUCACCCACGUUUUUUUCUAGAACACCGCUGCCACGUGUCCUCCUUCCUCCCUCCUAUAUAUUCCCCUUCCUCACUUGCGUUCUAAGUUUCACAAACCCCCUUUUUCUCCCCCCUUUCCCAUUAUCUCACUAAAAUAAAAAUACCUUCUUUUUUUUUUCUAGAGAGAGAAACAACCACCAAAAGAAAGAAAAAAAAAUGGCCGCCGUGGAUUUGCAAUUGCCCCCCGGAUUCCGAUUCCACCCCACCGACGAAGAACUGGUAAUGCAUUACCUCUGCCGGAAAUGCGCGUCACAGUCAAUCGCCGUUCCGAUCGUCGCAGAAAUUGACCUCUACAAGUACGAUCCAUGGCAGCUGCCAGGCUUGGCUUUGUACGGUGAGAAAGAAUGGUACUUCUUUUCGCCCCGGGACCGGAAAUACCCAAACGGGUCACGCCCGAACCGGGCCGCCGGAAGUGGGUACUGGAAGGCGACCGGAGCCGAUAAGCCGAUCGGACAUCCGAAGCCGGUCGGAAUAAAAAAGGCUCUGGUGUUUUACUCCGGCAAAGCUCCGAAGGGCGAGAAGACCAAUUGGAUCAUGCACGAGUAUCGUCUUGCUGACGUGGACCGAUCUGCCCGGAAGAAGAACAACAGUCUUCGGCUGGAUGAUUGGGUGCUCUGCCGCAUAUACAACAAGAAAGGCGCAAUCGAGCGGCAGCAACAGCAGCAGCAACACGUCAGCAGCGGGAGGGUGACGAGCGCAGUGACGUCAGACGGCGACACAAAGCCCGUCAUCCUGACGUCAGUACCGGAGGCGUCGCCGAUGGUGUACGAGGACUUCCUGUACCUCGACGCAGCAGAUUCCAUCCCGCUGCUCCACACGGACUCGAGCUGCUCGGAGCACGUGCUGUCGCCGGAGGUGGAGAGCGUGCCGAGGCUGACUGAGUGGGAGAAAUCGGCCCUCGAGUUCCCGUUUAAUUACAUGGAUGCCAUGGACGGUGCUGCAGCGGCGGCCCUGUUGAUGGGUUCGCAGUAUCAGGGGAAUUAUCAGAUGGAUACGAUGCACGAUGUGGCCGCGUACAUCACCAAGCCCUUUUGAGCGGUGCGCGUGAGAGUCGCACGUGGCACAGGAGACUAUUGAGGUAGUCUGUGAGUGUGCACGUGCGGCCCGAAUGUUAUUACUCUAGUUAUUUUAGCAGUUUCACUCAUUUGUAUUUAGAUUAGAUUGUAAUUGGCGCUGCUGGUUUUCUAGUUUUUAUUAGUGUAUUUGGGUAAAGUGUCAAUAGAAGUCAAAAUUUGUCUUAUGUUGUUGAUCUCUUUUAUAUAAAGAAUUAAAUUAU